CCAAAACUCACUUUAAUAACCACCUUUCAAACAAUGGCUACUGUAGCUGCUUCUCUUUCAGCUGUCCUCCGUCUUCUUCCUCCCUCCAAAAUAUCUUCCACCCAUGCCCACAACUUCCUUCAAAUUCCCCUCCAUAUCCCUUCUUCUUCCCCACACUUGAAAACCCUAAAAUCCAAAUCCCUAAAAAAGAUUCCAUCCGCUCUCACAGAAUCAUCUGGCUCCCCCAAAUCCCUCGACCCUGACCCGCAAAUUCUCCUCCAACAACUUUCUGAUUGUUUUGUUCUUCCCGCGGAUUACUUUCGGCAGUUACCGCAGGAUCUUCGUCUAGAUCUGAACGAUGCAGCCUUUGAUCUAUCGAAUGGCGCUGUCAAAGACGAGUGUGGUGAAGAGCUGGGAGAAACGUUGUUAAAUAUAACACGAGCAUGGGAGCUUGCAGACACGUCCACUUCGGCGAGCCUAGUCAGCAAGCUGCCCUUGCUAGUGAGUUCUCUCACCAGCAAUAAUAAAUCAGCGCUUGGCAAGCGCUUGGUAUCUGCUUCUAGAAGGUUCCAGUCCAUGGGUCAGUACGGUCAAGGUGAACUACAAACGAUAGCCAACGUGAUGAAUAAGGCGGGAAAGCUAUUGUCUGAAAGUCCAGUUUCUGAAGUCGCUAAUGGAGAACCAAAACAAGAAACCCGAGUUCUAAAGUUUGGGGAGCUUCAGGUUGAACUGACACCAGAAAAAGCAUAUAUUGGGGCUGUCAUUGGCUUUUUCUUCGGGAUUCUCACAUGGCAAAUAAGUCAAGGCAUACAAAGUAUACCAGAGAAUUCAUUGGAGUACGCAAAUGACAACGCGUUGCUGCUUGCAAAGUCGCUGCGUUUAGCUCUGCUGUUGAUUUUCUAUAUGUCGACGGUCUUAUCUGCUUUCACAACCGUUGGACUUAUUCUUCUUGGAGGACAACUAAAAUCGAAAGGCAAAAACCCAAACCACACACUAGCUGCUCCGCCACCACCACCACCACCGCCGCCGCAGCCCAGCAUGGCUGAUAUGAGCUGCUCAGCCGCAGACCUCCUCCCACUCCUCGGCGCCGCCCCAAACGCCACCCUGACCGCCGCCUUCAUCUGCAGCCGCUUCGAUGCCGUCUCCGCCAAGCUCUCCGACGCCACGUAUGCAAUAGACAACACCUACCUACUCUUCUCUGCGUAUUUGGUGUUCGCCAUGCAGCUCGGUUUUGCUAUGCUGUGCGCCGGUUCGGUUAGGGCCAAGAACACCAUGAACAUCAUGCUUACAAACGUCCUCGACGCCGCCGCCGGCGGCCUGAGCUACUACCUCUUCGGCUACGCCUUCGCCUUCGGUGGGCCCUCCAACGGCUUCAUCGGCAAACACUUCUUCGGCCUUAGUGACUUCCCCGCUGCAGCCGGCUUCGAUUACAGCUUCUUUCUCUACCAGUGGGCUUUCGCCAUUGCUGCUGCAGGUAUUACUAGUGGAUCAAUUGCAGAGAGAACACAAUUUGUGGCGUAUUUAAUAUACUCCACAUUCCUGACCGGUUUUGUUUACCCGGUCGUCUCCCACUGGUUCUGGGCCGGCGACGGUUGGGCCGGCGCCGCCAAGGCCGACGGCAACCCCCUCUUCGGCUCCGGCGCAAUCGACUUCGCCGGUUCCGGCGUGGUCCACAUGGUCGGCGGCAUCGCCGGUUUAUGGGGCGCGCUAAUCGAAGGCCCGCGUAUCGGCCGGUUCGAUAAAACCGGCCGGUCCGUCGCCCUUCGCGGCCACAGCGCCUCGCUCGUUGUGUUGGGUACAUUCUUGCUCUGGUUCGGAUGGUACGGGUUCAACCCGGGUUCCUUUUUGACCAUCCUGAAAUCGUACGGCUCCGAUAAAGCAUUCUACGGCCAGUGGAGCGCAAUCGGGAGGACAGCUGUCACCACCACAUUGGCCGGGAGCACCGCCGCCCUGACUACCCUGUUCGGCAAGCGGCUGUUGGUCGGCCACUGGAACGUCACCGACGUAUGCAACGGGCUACUCGGCGGCUUCGCCGCCAUCACCUCCGGGUGCUCGGUGGUCGAGCCGUGGGCCGCGAUCGUUUGCGGCUUCGUCGCGGCGUGGGUCCUCAUGGGAUUCAACAAGCUGGCCGACAAGCUCGAGUACGACGACCCGCUCGAGGCGGCACAGCUUCACGGGGGCUGCGGCGCGUGGGGCCUACUCUUUACCGGUCUCUUCGCUAAGAAGUCCUACGUGAAUGAGGUUUAUCCGGGUCUACCCGAUAGGCCGUACGGGUUGUUCAUGGGCGGGGGCGGGAAAUUACUAGCGGCGCAGAUCGUGCAGAUUCUAGUUGUUGCCGGGUGGGUGACCGCCACCAUGGCGCCGUUGUUUUACGGGCUACAUAAAAUGGGGUUGCUUAGGGUUUCGGCCAAGGACGAAAUGGCGGGAAUGGACAUGACUCGGCACGGUGGCAUGGCUUAUUUGUACCACGAUGAAGACGACACUUCGAAUCUCCCGACGAACUUCGGUGCGAAUCGGGUCGAACCGUCUAAUAAUUCCACACCCGAACACCAGCAUCAAGGUGGUCGCGUGUGAAAAUGAAGAAAAAACUAAAGGAAUUUGAUUAAAUUUUUUUUUUUUUUUACAAAAAAAAGUUUUAAUUAGGUGUGUGUGUGAAUACAUGUUCACAAAUUGCAUUGGGAUGUUUUGAUUUACCUUUUUUUGGUGUUUAAAGUGUUUGUUAAAUAUUAGAAAGUGUUUAUUUGUUUGAGCUUUUGGAAUUUAUAAGUGUGGCUUUGAUUUAAUUUCAUUUAAUUUUCUUGGAAAAAUUAAAUGUGCGACCUUAAUUUUGUGUGCUUCUCUAUAUUGAAUUGAUUUGUUAUUAAUU